AUGGUUCAGAUCGAGUCAGUUUAUUUAAUGAAAGUAGCCCUUCAUUUUGAAACAUACUCCGACGUAUACUCGUUUAUUCAAGUUUCCAAAUCGUGUUUAGAGUCUGUCAAAAUGCUUCACAUCAAUCCUUGGUUCAUAUCCAUUCAAAACAUUAAGACUUUCUUUUACCACUUCCACACAGAGACUAUUAACUGCUUGUACUUCGACUUUUUUGAUGAGACGAUAUUCUCGAUGGUCUCAUGCAUCCGUUGUCCAAAUUUCAACAGUUUUGUGAAGUCAAAAGAAGAUCAACUUUUGCCUUUACUGAGUAAAAUAUAUUAUAUAGGACUCUAUAACGAUGACAAACAAAAGCUUGAACCCACUUGCAAUUUUUUUAUACAAAAUGCAAAACGAAUUAAUUCACUUCGAAAGGUCAGAGGAGAACUCAACCCCGUUGUCAAAUUUUUCGAGAGUUACACAUCAAAGGGAAACGACUUAUUUGCACGAUUCCCGUAUACCAUUGAAGUGCUUUCUGAGCCGAAAAUGUCGCAAUUUACUGAAGUGAGUCUUACGCAACAACUGAUGAAGUACAUCCCACAAAAUGGAAUCACAAAAAUCAUCUUCAUAGCCAACGAACAUCGGACUAAACAGGAAGACUUAAGGUUCUUUGAAGGUGUAGAUUAUCACUACGAUGCGAUGGUUAAAGAUCAAUGUGAUUAUAAGGGGGAUGCUGUAAUCAACCCAGCGGGUUUAAUGACAAUUAAAAAUACGACUGAUUGUAAGAAGUUCAAUGGAAUUAUUGAAAAGUGUUUUGCCACACAGGUCAGUGUUUCGUUUUCGGAGGGGAACACAUUGGAGAGGGUGUUGGCUAAUGAAAAACAAGACGUCUGGAACGUCCCAAAGUGCGUGGAAAAUUUGUCGUUGAAAUUGAACAACAUAAAUGAAGAACAUAAGAUUCAUAUUCCGAUUUUAUUCGACUCAGUACAAGAGUUUAACUUGGAUAGCUCUGCAAUGUUCGAUGUUCAUGACACGUUUUCGAAUAUCGAAGAGUUGAUGUUGGAGAAUGUUCUGAGUGUGACUCUUAAAAUGACAGAUGCAAAGAACUUGAAAAGAGUCUGUCUUGAGAAUUGUACUGACGUUGACAUCAUUUCAAAAUAUGGAAUUACAGAAAAGGUGAUGAUUGAGACAUGCUCGAAAAUACGAGUCAAUGCGAGUAUAGACCACAUCGCCAAUUUUUUGGUCAUGAGAACGACUCAGUGUGUAUUCAGAGCAACGGUCUUUGAUAAGACGUUUGUUCAAAUUGAAGACUCCACUGAUAUGUUUUUUGAACAGAAGUUUGGUGAUGAGAAAAGUAAAAUGUGUCCUUUUGGAUUUUGUAAUAUAAGUCUGGAGAAGUUUGAAAAACUUGUGUCGACUGUUGUAUAUUACCCAUCACACACUUUUAUGAGGAUGGUCGACUUAAUCGAGCCGGAGAAAUAUUUCUGGAUGAAAAAGCUCUUCAUGGAUUGUCCACACAUUUUAGUGCAAAAUGAUGUUGUGAAGAGGAUGAAGAGUGUUGAUGGGUGGUUGAUCAAUGUGAUGUACUCGACCGACUUUUGCAAUGUGGACAAUCGCGACCAGAAAAUGAUCUUUUUGGAAAAUGACAAUUGGGUUAAGUGUAAAGAAGCGAUCCGUUAUUUUGAAGUUACUGUGGAGCACAUGAGUGUGAUGUCUGUUGGGUUGGUUAAUAUCAGCACAUUUGUGUAUCAAGAGGAUCAACAUUGUGGGUGGGUGAAAGGGUCAAUUGGAUACUUUUCAGAUGAAGGAAAAAUCUUUUUUGAGAGUUGUGAUGAAGUGGGACACAUGUCCCCAUAUGGAAGAAAAGAGGGGCAAAAGGAUGUAAUAGGGUGUGGGUAUUACCCAAAGACUCGUAGAGUUUUCACAAA